GGUAACUAAGUCACAUGAUCAAUCAACUCAGGGCAGCCAUUUUGUUUCAAGCAAGAGAUUGAGAGUUUACUUAUACUGCGAAAUUCGAUUAGUAUUUGGCGAAGGUUGCUUUCAACUCGUUCCAAACUGCCUCUCACCUCUCUAUUUAAGUUAAAGCUUAGCUUGAACGGAGAGUUUUCUAUUUCCAGCGAUGAGUAGGAGUUGCCAAGUUUAUAUGGGGCGACUGCCGUACGGCACGAAGGAACGCGACAUCGAAAAAUUCUUCCGCAACUAUGGAAGAUUGCGAGAAAUCAACUUGAAGAAUGGUUAUGGGUUUGUGGUGAGUCUUUCUCAGCUACACUAUUUCGCUUUUUAGUCAUUACUAAAAUUUAAAGGUUUGUGCGUGGCCGGUGUUGACCGUAAUUUGGUCAGCACAUGCAUACUUUUUAUCGUAGCUUUACACAAUGUUAAUUUAAGCCCAAGUUAUGCAUGGACGGAGUUUGUAAUCAAAAUUGGACAACUCACCCCUUGGACAAUCCCUGGACUACCAGCCCCCAAUCUUUAGCAAUUUAGCCCCCAAACAUAUAUUUCCGACCAUACAAAGAAAAAACUUGGCCAUUUUGCUCUAGUGCGCCUACUCCUGCAGAAGGCUUCUUCCAAUUUAUUUCUUGUGAAACUGAUAAACUGAAGAGUUGCAAUAUAUCGUUGUCUGUUUAAUCAAGGUCAUAGCUUUCUUUACUACCUGCUAAGUGUUCCAGCUCCUAGAGUGAAGCAGACUUAAGCAAUGUUAAGUCAAAAUGAAUGCUUUAAAGUGUAAUGGUACAGAAUGAGAAGAGCAGUUUCAUUGCAGGUACUUGAAAUUUUGGAUUUGGUUUUUACAUGACAGUUGGACUACAUAUAGUUAAUUCGUAACACGACUGUUGAGGGUACUUAAAGUUUUAAUCCUGCAUGUUCUCUAUCAUGGAAUAAACUUUCUGAGAAUCAUCGAAAAAAAGUUUGUCUAAAGUAGCAUAGAGUGUAUGUGUUUUAGUAUUGGGGGCUAAUAAUCCAUGGCUGUUUCUGGGGUGCAUUUUGUCUGGCAUUCCUGGUGUUAAGUUAGUAUUAAUUCAUUAAUCUUUCAUGAUCAAGGAAUUUGAAGAUUCAAGGGAUGCAGAAGAUGCAGUUUAUGAGUGCAAUGGAAAAGAAAUGAUGGGAGAAAGGUAAGACAUAAGUGCUUUAUCAUGGUUCAGCCAUGAAACACUUGCAGUGAAAGAAUGUCUUCCAAUGCAAGAUGUUAAUCUAUAAAUGUAUAUUGUGUUCCUUUAUUUCAGAAUUAUAGUUGAGCCGUCACGUGGGACAGCUAGAGGUGCUGGUGCCAGUGGUGGCCGCAAGUCCAGGGCCAGAGAUAAGUGAGUGCACAAUUUUUCUUUAUAGUUACAAAAUUAUUUUGCCUGUUACAUUUUGUAUUUUCAAGUAGGUGAUGUUGCAGUCUCACUGGAACUGAUCCUCUAUAAGUGCCUUGUAUCUAGUGGCUCAAUCAAAUCCAAUGUGAAUCAAAAUGAUUCAACUUUAGCCUUCUGGAGACUAAGGCUUAAAAGAAGAGUGUAAUUCUUCCUUCUGUAAUUAUACAUUCUGUGGGAUGCUAAAAAAACCCACACACUGUUCUUGAAGAGUAAGGGACGUAGUCCCCAGUGGUGGAGGGACUGUUACGGGCCUGCAGUGGUUGGCGUCAUGCGCUGUUGCGGUGACCCUGCAAAAGUUGGCAAACCUUAGUAAAUAAGAGCCAAGUGAGAAGUUAUUUAACCAUAUCGAAACUGGUCUAUAUUGAACAUUGUUUUUGCUUAAAUCUGUUUUCUUACUAGGUAUGGUCCCCCAGUAAGAACGCCGUGGAGAAUUACUGUUGAAAACUUAUCAACCCGUGUUAGUUGGCAGGUUAGUGAGGAAUAAGUAACUUGUUCCUCCAAUUGAGGAAAAAGCCACAUCCCCUUUUUAUGAGCUGUUUUUAAAAUAAUAGUUUACUGUUAUAGUAAUAAUAAUUUACUUAAAAUACUGUGAGCCAUUGUAAAGGCGUUAACUUGAUGAGCAAGGUCACUUCUUAAAGAGACUUGCCAUAGCAGCUGCCUUACAGACUAUAAACGUGGUAUUCACUACCUUGCCUACCAAUAUUUUUAGUUACAAGAUGCACCAUGAAGGGUGACAUGAAGGUAGUCACAGAGGCAUAGAUGAUUACACGUACACCCCUUUGAUACAAUGAUGGUUUUGAUGCUCAGAUGUCAUCAGAAGUCAAUACACACAGUCAUGACAAGAUGCAAAUUUCACAAAGGCAUGAUGCAAAAAAACUUCAUGGCCGAUGAUGACAGACGUACACGUACCUUCUGAUUUCAAAAUGACUCAGACGAUGGACCUCUGUAAAAUUGAUGCUGUAGUACUUUGCUUUUCUCGUCAUGAUUGACUGCCCUGAACGUUUUGUGAUUACUGGCGAGACAGAAUUGAAUUUUUCUUUUUGGCCGACUGUGUUGUACAACAGAAAGAGUGCAGAUGCAAAGGUGUUACUGAUUAAGAAAGCUUGGUAGUUACCCAAAUCCAAAUGUGGAGGAGAAAAUUCCCAAUUUCAUUUUGCAAACUACUAAAAAGCUUGCCAAGAAAAAGGUCACAUUAGGAUUUAUCUACAGAGUCAAAAAUUAAAAUACACUCCAUAAAUAUAUCCACAUGUAUAGUCGUGUGUGGAAGUAAAAUAGCUAUGGUAGAAUAAUGAAAACAGAUUAGGUUUCCUUCCUUUUUGACAGUGUUAACCAUAACAAGGAGGUUAAAGGUUCAGUACAAGUUUAAAAUUCUUGGUGGUAUUACUUGACAGUCUAGACUAAAGUAAUAUGGCAGGCUGAUAGUAUUUUGCAAAAUUUAAAUUCAAAGAUCGUAGUGCAGGAGCAUGGUGCUAUAGGGGUGUUUUUUCUCAAGUGUGACUGUUAUUACUAGGAUCUCAAAGACUAUGUACGCCAAGCAGGCGAGGUGACAUAUGGAGAUGCACACAAGCAAAGGAAAGGCGAAGGGUAAGUGAAACUUCUGGAAUACUGGCAUACUAUCUACAUAAUAUAGGAAAUUGACUUAAUGUGAAUAGGGUUUUACUGCCAAAGCAUCACAGAUGUACAGUUGAAAAAAAGGAAUUGCGGUUGCUCAUUGCAGGUGUAUAUGUCUUUUUAUAGAAAUAAUGGGAAGGAGGAGGAUGUUUAAUGUCAAUAGUGUUGUUGUUAACUAUAAGAUUGUCGUGUCAUCUUUGUUUUUGAUUUAACAGAUAGAUUCCAUGUUGCCGAGCGUCUGUUCAGUAAAAGAUCACAGAUGACGUCAAAGUGUGGUAAAAACAAAGAAGUGGCACAUGGGCAACAGUCGUGUGUGUCACUGAUGUUUUCACCACAUUUUGAUGUCUUAUCUGAUCUAUUACUGAACAGACCCACAGCAGUAUGGAAUCUAUUUUGUUUUAUACAAUGACGCAGAAAAGAGAAAAGACCGAUACACAUACCUGCCUUGUACUUCUUGUCUGUUCGAGGAUUUGUGCUAGUUUGGCAUUCUCCCUACUUGUCAUCUCUUCUUCUUUUUUUUUUGUUGUCUUAUACUUGUAUUCAGUUUAUUUGAAGAGUUUUUCAUAAUCUUUUCUUGCGCGAAGCCGAAUGAUGGCAAAAUCAUUUUGCAAAAUAUUGAGUCUCUCGAAGGGAUGACACACAGUGGCAACUGACGUAGAGAUUUCUUGCACUUUAGACAUUCUCAAGUUGUCAAGAACUCUUUUUGCCUUUAUUUCACCUUUUUUUUUUCUUUGUAAAUAGCUCCUACUAAACGCUUUUUCGAGGCUUUCACCAGCCUGCGGGGAGCAGACGCUAGAUGAAACAAGAACCGAAGAAAGCAUUCAGCGUUCAGCGCGUGUAGCAUUCAGACCAUUGUAUAAAGCUGUAUAAUAUUUUAUGCUUACGAUGGUCUUGGUAACCCAAUAGGUUCAUUUGUGUAUAGCAGUAUGUAUAGAUCAAAAUGUAUCCCUUAAAUACUUACAGCCCCUCAGUCAAGGUGUUCGCAAGUUCAAGAAAUGAUUAUAACCGCUCAUUGCUUUUAGAACCCUAGAGUUUGCAACCAAAAGAGACUUGAAGAGGGUGAUGAAAAAACUUGAUGGGACUGAGUUAAAUGGAAAGCGUAUCAAGCUUGUUGAUGUAAGUGAAGUCAUAUUUUAUGUACCAUUAACUUCCCAAGAUGUACCCUUAAUCUGAACAAGUGUGCAUUAAAUGAACUUCUUGUUAGCCUGAGAAAACAGCCGAAAUUUCGCGACGUUACCACUGAUUUCCUCGCAAAUUAAUGACGUCUGAGAAACGAGCGCAGAAAUUGCAUACUGAUGACGCUUCACUACCCAGAUCUGUUUAGAGCUACUGAUUGGUCCUGCCGCGUGGGAAAUUUGCUUCAGCCAAUCAAAAACCCUACCCAGAUCUGGGUAGUGACACGUGAGUAUGGAAUUUCUUCGCUUGUUUUUUAGACGUCAUUUCGCUGAGAAACCAGUGGUAACGUCACAAAAUGUCGGCUGUUUUCUCAGGCUAACUUCUUGUCCACAUUUUCCAUCUCUUCCUUGUCAGGUUAUCUGUGUGGCUCAAAUUUUUUAUUAUCAUUUUUGCAGGAAAGUCCACGUUCUCGAUCUCGUUCUCGUUCUCGAUCAAGAAGCCGCUCCAGAUCCAAAAGACGGUCUCGAUCCAAGUCGCGUUCUGCUUCACAAUCACGCCACAACCGUUCUAAAUCGCGAUCACGUUCUAGAUCACGAUCCCGAUCGCCACGACGCAAAUCGCAUUCCAAGUCGCGCUCAAGGUCCAGGUCGCGAUCCCGUUCACGAUCUCCGCGCAAAUCCAAGUCCCGAUCACGUUCACGUUCACGCUCUCGAUCUCGAUCACCCAGAAAUGAUAAAGAAGCAUCUGCGGAACCGGAAGCUGAUGAUAAUCAGAAUUAUAAUUCAGCAGAAGGAGAUCGGGCCGGUGAAGCUGAUGAUGCUGAGUGAUAAGCUGUCAUUUUCUUGA